ACUCGCAGGUGGCUUGGCGUGUGUGCCAAAAAAAAAAAAAAAAAAAAAAGCGAACCCGAGCUGUACACAGUCAACAUGACGCAACCUGCUCCGGCUGCUGCUCCGGCUGCUGCGAGUGCUGCCGGGUCUAUCGAAGCAGCAGCAACAGCAGCAUCAUCGACGGUGCCAGCGCUCACGCCGCAGCAGCUGCAGCAGCUUCGUGAUGCCGAGAUGGACGAGCAUCUGAGCACGAUUGGGUUGCGCCGUCGACAGAUUCUCAAGGACGGCAACUGUCUCUUCCGCGUCGUCGCUGAAGCGGUUUACUUGUCUCAGGCGGAGCACUUGCGAAUCCGACAAGAGUGCGUCGCGCACGUCGUUGCCAACGCCGAGCAGUUUGAGCCAUUUCUUGAGCAGCCGCUCGACCACUACGCAUUCCAGAUGCGCAAGUCCAAGGAAUGGGGUGGUCACGUCGAACUUGUCGCCAUGGCGCAACGCUUCAAGAUUGAUUUCCAAAUCUUGCAGAGCCCAACUCUCCCGGCAGAGUUCAUCCGGUGCGCGUCAGAUUCGGAAGCGCCCGUGUGCGUCCGGCUGUGCUUUUGCAAUGGAAACCACUACGACGCCCUGUAUCCUAUCGCAAUGGAAGAGACGCUCGCGUUCUGCCAGCAACUAGUGUUUGAACUGGUGGACAAGGCUAUUGAUUCAAAGUACGCCUCGUCGGAAUCCUUUGCAAAGUAUCGCAACUUUGAGCUGGAGGCCUGGACGCUGGCACAAAGCCAACUCGCCGUUCGCGACCGGGAACUCGUUGCCAAGCUGGAAGCCCGCGAACUCAAAAACUCGCUGUUCUCCUCACCUCAAGCGCGCAGUAACGGCACCAAUGGCACUGCGACCGGCUCCCCGAGUUCCAACAAGCAGCCACGAAACAACCGCUCGAACGCCGCCAGUCCCCAGGCUGGCUCGUCGCCCACCAUCGUCGCAGAUGCCGAUAACUUUACGCAGCUCAGUGGUUACUAUCAGAAAAACAAGCCGCAAGAAACGGACGACGGCUCUGAUUCGGCCUGGCAGGUGUCGCAAAGCAAGCACCAGCGCAAACAUCAAGCCAAGCAACAGCGGCAAAUUGCAAUUUCCCCACAACCAGCGCGAACUGCGACAACUGUCAAGCCACCCACCACGAGCGCUGCACCUGCUCUCGCUGCCUCGGAUCAACCUGCCGCGGCGCCAAGUGUCUCCGAUGCAGCGUCCUUCCCGUCCUUGUCUGCAUCGCACAGCACUUCGAGCACCCGCAAGAAUCCCGCAAGUGAACAAGGACAGGGCACGAAAGCUCCACUGAGCUAUGCCUCGUUGGUAACCAAAUCUGUGCAACCUGCCAGCAAACCAGCAAGCGAGCCACAAGUAGCGAGCCACCCCGCCGCCGCGUCGCCCGAGACCGAGACGGUUGUUGAAUUGUCGUCGCAGAUGCAGUCAGCAUUAUCGUUUGAAGCCUCGUCACCCUCGGAUGCAAAUGUAGCAAGUGUCGCCGCGGCAACGCUCGCUGCUGUAGACUCGACGGGUGGUUUGUCGCUGUCUGCCAGCAGCAACCCGAAUGAGGUGUUGUCGCCUCAACAGGCAUCCCGGCCUCACGACUCAAAGUCCGCCUCUCAGAUGCCGCUCUACUUUGGCGAUGUGCUGGCACACGACAGUCCCGUUGAGCAAGCUUUGCCCACCAAUCCGCCCGUUUCCCUCGAUAGCUCUGGCGACCAACAAGCGCCUCCCGCACAUCCGCCUUCCGUCGCGGCAGAAUCACCCGCGCCCCUGGACGAGGCGCCUCCCGCAAGUACGACUUCGGUCGCGCCCCUGGACCAUGCCGCCCAAGAAUUUGUUCCAGCGGCCCUGCAAGGCAGCGAGUACAGCCCCUUGGUGGAUGCCCCGCAGUUUGGCAUGCAGUCGUUCGUGCAAAGCGAGGGCUACUUUGCCCAGGGCCAGCAGUCAUUUGUCGACAAUCCUUAUGCCUAUCAAAGUAAUGGCUCAACCGAGCAUUUUGCUCGGCACCACCCGGCACAUCACUACGCGCCGAUUCAGCAGCAGUUCCAUCCCAACCAGGCAAGCCAGUACUCGCAAUUCCAGCAGUACCAUCAACCCCAGCAGUUCCCAAUGGGUCCACGGUAUCCGGGCUACCCUCCGCAAUCGCAAAUGUAUUUUGUGCCCAGCCCUUACAACCCGUACGGAGGCGUCAGACCAGGUCCUGUCGCUCAGGGGUACUUCCCCGGCGGCCAGAUGCAACCUGCGUUGCUCCCGUAUCCACCCCACUCACCUCAGUAUCAGCAACCACCAAUGAAUUUCUCUUCUCCUCAAGCACCAAACGGCCACGGGUCUCCUUACAACCAGCAAUGGACUCCUCAUCAUCCCCGUCGCAACAAGCGCGACUCUCACCAUCGAAGUGGAAAUACCAACAGCGCCAAGCAAUCCUUGCAGCCGCUGUGAUCUCAUGUUUGCUUUGUUUUUUUUUUUUUGUGACACCUCUCAAUUCAUUUAUUUUUCAAUCCAUUUUUUUAUUGCUGCAUUGUGUCC